AUGGUUCUGAAUCAACUGAAAAUUGGAUUACCUGCCAAGGCCAAAGUACUAGCUGAACAUGGGGAUAAAACUUUUGAAGAGCAAGUUAAGUGCUGUGAGAAGGAAGCUGUGAAUGUAUCACUAGCCAAUUUGCUGACAUACCCAUUUGUGAGCGAUGCUUUGGUGAAUAAGAAUUUGGCGUUGAAGGGAGGUUACUAUGAUUUCAUUAAUGGAAGAUUUCAGCUCUGGGGACUCAACUUCGGCCUUUCUCAUCCUUGUUAUAUAUGAACUCAAUACCACCAUUUUCGGGCGGGAGAAGAUACCUCUUGUUCUUGCCUUUUCUCCUUGUAUUCGUCAUUUAUGAGUGCUAGUUUGAAUUU